GGCCACGCCCUCGUUGCGGCGGGCGAGAGGCGGGGCGGGGCGCGGUGUAUAUAAGACGAGGGGCGGGCGCCGCUCUUUUGUCUCUUGCUGCAGCAACGAGAGUGGGAGCACCUGGAGCGCGAGCUCGGAAGGAGAAUCCACGAGUUGUAAGAAAAUGGCAGACAAGCCGGACAUGGGGGAAAUCGCCAGCUUCGAUAAGGCCAAGCUGAAGAAAACCGAGACGCAGGAGAAGAACACCCUGCCGACCAAAGAGACCAUUGAACAGGAAAAGAGGAGUGAAAUCUCCUAAAAGCAUAGGAAGAUUUCCCCACCCCACCCCACCCCGCCCCGUCAUCUCCAAGACCCCCUCGUGAUGUGGAGGAAGAGCCACCUGCAAGAUGGACGCGAGCCACAAGCUGCACUGUGAAACCCGGGCACUCCGAGCCGAUGCCACCGGCCCGCGGGUCUCUGAAGGGGACCCCUCCACUAAUCGGACUGCCAAAUUUCACCGGUUUGCCCUGGGAUAUUAUAGAAAAUUAUUUGUAUGAUUGAUGAAAAUAAAACACCUCGUGGCAUGGU